AUGGCCAAUGCCUGGAUUGAAGCCUUCCCCCAUACUGCGGCAGAGGUUCUGGACGAGAUGGAUAGCACCCUUGGAUUCAAAUUAUCUAGCGUCAUAUCCGACGGCCCCAGCUCGAAGCUCAACAAAACGGAAAAUUCCCAGCCUGCUGUCAUGGCAAUUUCAGUUCUGAUCCUUCGCAUCCUGGAAAAGGAGUUCAGGUUCGACGCCAAAUCCCGCGUCGAUGUUACGCUUGGACACAGUUUAGGGGAAUUCUCCGCGUUGGUCGCCGGUGGCUAUCUACAAUUUGGGGACGCUCUUCGAUUAGUCCGUCGCCGAGCUGAGAUAAUGGCCGAAUGUACGUCUCGGUUGACGAAGGAAUCUGGCGAGACCUAUGGCAUGGUUGCACUCCUCUGUGAGCCUGAUCACCUGGAAAGUCUGCUUCGAGCUGUUCAGGAAUUCCUUGGGAUCGAAUCGCCGGGCCUUGAAAUCGACAGAGACCAUAGGGUCCCAGCCAUCCAACAAGUGGUGGUUGCAAACAUCAACUCCAAGAACCAAAUUGUGCUGAGUGGCAGUCUUGAGCGAAUCAAAAUCCUGUUGGUCCAGCUGCGUCAGUUUGGAGGCCAUGACCCAAGGGCUGUCAGACUGAAAAGUGACAGCCCGUUUCACAGCCCUGCUAUGGCGCAAGCUGCAGAUUACAUGAGAGAUGCAGUUGAGAAGAUCAACAUCACAUUCCCGGCUUCGAUUCCAUGCAUAUCAAAUGUAUCCGCCUUGCCAUUCCAGUCGAAGGAAGACCUCAAGGAUUUGCUCUCAAGGCAAUGCAGUGAAACAGUGAGAUGGUGGGAUAGUAUUCGCUAUCUCCACCAGGACCGAGGGGUAAAGCGGUGGGUCGGCAUCGGUCCAGGGAAAGUUGGCAGGAAUUUGGUUGGCAAAGAGGUCGGACGGGUUGACACCAAAGGUGGUGGCGUAUGGGCUUUUUGUGACCCUCGUGAAAUGUCAGAUAUCAUAACUGCUUUGGAACAAACUGAACCUGAAGCUGAAGGCUAG